UUUUUUCUUUUUUACGCAUGAAACCUCGGAGGGUUUUCGAUCGAUCGCGCUAGGGUUUUCGAUUUGGGGUUCGACCUAACGAUCAUUAAGAAGAAGAUGAAGUUGCGAUCGGGUUCAAAGAUCGAUGGAAACGUAGGAGGAGGGGGAAGAGGAGGAAGUAGCAAGGAGGAGAUAAGCCCUAAUCCAGAAAGAAUUGGGUUCAAAGUUCAAAUUUUUAGCACAUUUAGGGCUUAACAUUGUUAGGAAAAUGGCGGGUGUUCGGCUUGACUGGGAGAAGAUUAAUUUUACCUUGUUGUGUAAUUACUUCCUCCAUUUGCAAAUUGUGAGAAAUUUUAUUUGCAAGUUGUCAUGUCGCAGCAAUCGGUGAGUGCCCUAAAUUCUGCGGACAUGCGCAAGAUGAAAGAACAGUUGGAUGUGAUUAUAGGGCUUGUUAAGGACCGGCUUGCUAAGGACUGCGAGAUGAAAGAACAGUUGGAUGUGAUUAUAGGGCUCGUUAAGGACUGGCUUGCUAAGGACCAGGAAAAGAGAUUAUCGGUAAUAGAGCAGCAGGCGAAAGGACGAGAAGCCUUUAAGAAUAGGGUUAAACUUAUUCAGAUGAUGAAGGAAUGGAAUCUCGAGUUUGUCGGAACUUGUGAUCCCAUGAAAGCCGAAGAUUGGAUCAUGGGGAUGGAGAAGCACUUUUCUCUGUUCGGGACGACCGACGAGGAUAAAGUAACAAUCGCUGCUUUUAUGCUCAAUGAUGGAGCGCAUUAUUGGUGGGAGUCCGUGGAGUCCUCGCACCGUGAAACCGCUGGCCCCAUCACCUGGGAGACCUUUAAAAACGCCUUUUACGAUAGAUACUCACCGUGGAGUCUUCGUUUACAGAAGGAGAGGGAGUUCAGGGACCUUAAGCAGGGGGAUCGGAGUGUGGCAGAGUACGAGCUGGAGUUCUCUCGCUUGGCUCGCUUUGCUCCUCAACGAGUAAUGAAUGAAUAUAGUCGUGCUUCGAGGUUUUUGCAAGGGUUGAGACCUGAGAUCCGGUUUCGAGUUUAUGCUCUCAAUCCAAAGACGCUCCUAGAAGCAUCGCGCAAGGCCUUGCUUGUCGAGUCCGCAUAUAUCGAGUGUGAGCAGGAGGAAGAAGUUCAAGCAUCCAACAAGCAAAAGAACAGGAAGAGAGGCAGGUAUAACAAUUCUCACUUUGGUGGAUGGCAAAACAAUAGGACGCCGCAAAUGUGAGUUGCAUUAUCGUGGACAGGAGGAGCCGUAAGGGUUACUUGGUUUUGUCACAGAAAAGGGUCUCAUUUUGGUUGUGAUAGAGAACAGUUACCGCAAAACCUGCUAGUCGUAAAGUAGUAUUUACUAAAGUAGUUUAAGGUAAUCUUUUUCUGCUUCUCUCUCGUACUCAUGUUUGACUAUCGUCAAUGUUUACUUUGCGACAAAGUAUGGUUAGGUUGUAUAUAUAUGCGAUUAGGUUUGUGAACUGUGAUCUAUCUUCUAUAAGUUCCCUGUUAUCCUGAUGCAAGAUUCUUGGAUGUUUGGUUAAUUGUAUGGAUAAAUUGCACCAGUUGGGCCUCAACCUUCUAACUUAGUUUCAGUUUUGUCGUCGUCGACCGACAUAAACAUCGGGGGCUAACUUGUAACAAUUUAAAGGCUGAGGACAAAAUUGAAACUACGCCAAAAGGUUGCGAAUCCUUGUACAAUUUAGCAACAUUGUCACCAUAUUGAUCAGAAAUCCCAGCAGGAUGAAGAAUCUAGAGAACUGCUUCCUCUUGAACUUGUCCAACAUUUCCAUGAUUUACUUGUGCUCUCUCUUUUGUAUAUCUGAGGUGUCAUCUAUUCAAAUAUGGUUGUUAAAAUUUUCCUUGUUUGUUAUAUUAUCUCCCUUAUGUUUGUUUA